AUGGCGGACUACAAACAACCUACAACGGAUAUAGUAGCUUCCAUCAAGCAUUCCUACCACGCGUAUCGGCACACUGGAGACAUCGACCGCAAAGGCUCUUUCUUCUCUCCAGACUGUAUGCAAAUUUGCCGACCAACGCCUUCCUAUGCGGCAACCAAUCGUGAUGAGAUCGUGCAGUAUCUGCGAGACGCACAACAGGGGAAGAUACCAAUAGACGCACCUGUUCCAUCCUCAACUUGCAGCUCGGAUCGCUCUGAUUGUUAUGCAACGGGAUCGCGGGCGACGACGCCAGUAAAAGAGCGAGGCGUCUACACCAUACGCCCUUUGCGGCCCUGCGAGUUCGGAUUUGGCUCCGAUGACAUCACUGCGCCUGUUGGCUUGACUGUGGAAGAGAUGAAAUCAAGAGCUAUUCAGGAAGGAUGGGUAGGAAUGCGCGUCAAUUUGUGGGACGAAGGAAGGGAAGGAGGUCUUUUGGUGAAGGUUCAAUACUGGUGGCGCCUCGGAGAGAUUGCGAACAACAAGAGAUUGGCGGGCGAUCAUUCAGGAACGGGAUGGGAUCAAUGUUUGCACGAUAUCAUGUUCCUUGGUCCUAAGGACGGCACCGAAAACGAAGAGGAGUUAGAGUUGCUAGAAUAA